CGGCGGCAUUGUGGGAUCGAGCGCAGCAGCAAUAGUGACGCCUCCUCAGCUUUGCUUCGCGAGCACAGUCGCGGAACGCGUGUGAGCGGGGGGUGGGGGCCGUCGCAGUGUCCGCGCGCGUGGAGCUCCUGUCGCGCUUCUAGGACGGCGGAAGUAGGCGUCGCGCUCCCGGUCCAUGUCAACGUCCGCAACCGUCUGCAGGGGUUGGACGACGGAAGGUCGCUUCCAUGGACGCUGCUGCUGUGCUUUCCGCUCGCGUGUCUCCCUGUGCGCCCGCGGGAGGUGAGUGAAGGCCGGCCCGCGAAAAUACUAGGACUAUUUAUUUCGUCGCCGGAAACUCGAAUCAACGGCGCCGCCACGAUGAGCCCCAGUAGCCCGGAGGUGGUGAAGCGGCUGCUGGACAACAUGCAGGCGGACCUGCGCGCUCUCUCCAUGGAGUGCAAGAAGAGAUUCCCGCCGGUGAAGGAGGCAGCGGAAUCUGGAAUUGUCAAGAUAAAAACUAUUGCUGUGAGGAACGUGGAUGUCCUUGGAGCCCUUAAGGAGCACAGCUCAGAGGUGGUGCAGCCCUUCCUAAUGGGUUGCGGGACCAAGGAGCCAAAGAUCACGCAGCUGUGUUUGGCCUCCAUACAGAGACUUAUGUCACACGAGGUCGUGUCUGAGGCAGCUGCAGGGAACAUCAUCAACAUGCUGUGGCAGCUGAUGGAGAAUGGCCUGGAGGAGCUAAAGCUACUACAGACGGUCCUGGUUCUGCUUACCACCAACACGGUUGUGCACGACGAGGUUCUGUCAAAGGCCAUUGUUUUGUGCUUCCGCCUGCACUUCACUAAGGACAACAUUACCAACAACACUGCUGCGGCCACGGUGAGGCAGGUCGUCACUGUUGUCUUCGAGAGGAUGGUUGCUGAGGAUGAGCGCUGCAAAGGCAUGGAAGAGCAGAGGCAGUUGGUCCAAGCAAACAGCAAUCGCCGUUCGAUGACCUCCCUGAAGCCUAGUGCCAAGGAUGCUUACAUGUUAUUUCAGGACCUUUGCCAGCUCGUCAAUGCCGACGCCCCGUACUGGUUGGUGGGCAUGACGGAGAUGACGCGCACUUUUGGCCUGGAGCUACUAGAGUCAGUGCUGAAUGACUUUCCUCAGGUUUUUCUUCAGCACCAGGAGUUUAGCUUUCUGCUGAAGGAGCGAGUCUGCCCACUCGUCAUCAAGCUCUUCUCACCCAACAUCAAAUUCCGGCAGGGCAGCAGCCCAGCAGCUCCUUCCUCAGCCCCUGUGGAGAAACCCUAUUUCCCCAUCUGCAUGCGACUUCUGCGUGUGGUCUCUGUGCUCAUUAAGCACUACUACAGUCUGCUGGUGACGGAGUGUGAGAUAUUCCUUUCCCUGCUGGUGAAGUUCCUGGAUGGAGAGAAGCCACAGUGGCUGCGGGCUGUGGCAGUGGAAUCCAUUCACAGGCUCUGUGUGCAACCCCACCUGCUCCGGUCCUUUUGCCAGUUCUAUGAUAUGAAGCCGCACUCCACCAAGGUGUUCCGGGAUAUUGUCAAUGCGCUUGGCUCCUUCAUACAGUCUCUCUUUAUCACACCUAGCUUGGGAAACCCUACCCUUGCCAGUGCUCCGUCAGCUGGAUCUGUGCCUGGAGGCCAAGGAGCAUCUCAGAGCACCCCAGGAGCAGCAGGGACAAGCGGAGGUCUGAUUGCACCGGCUGCCUUUGAGUAUCGCGGUACAUGGAUCCCCCUCAUGGCUGUGAGCGUGCAAGGAAGUGCUAAGGCCACCUACCUGGAGAUGCUGGACAAAGUGGAGCCCCCCAGCAUACCUGAGGGCUAUGCGCUGUCGGUGGCCUUCAGUGCCCUGCUAGACCUUGUGAGGGGCAUCACCUCUAUGAUAGAGAAAGAGCUGUCCCUGCAGGAAGAGAUGAAAACCACAGGCCAACAGCAAAGCCUGGCCUGCAGGCAACAGUUAGUUCCACAGCUGGUCUGGGAGGAGAUGAUCAGUGCAUGCUGGUGUGGGCUGCUGGCUGCUCUCUCACUGCUACUGGAUGCCAGCACGGAUGAGUCUGCCACCGAGAACAUCCUGAAGGCAGAGCUGAUGAUGGCAUCUCUUUGUGGGCGACUGGGUGUGGUCACACCUCGUGAUGCCUUCAUCACAGCCAUCUGCAAGGCCUCCCUGCCACCACACUAUGCGCUGACAGUCCUCAGCAGCUCUGUGGCCACCCUUUCCAACAAGUCACUGUCUGUCCAGGGUCAGAGCAUGCAGAUCCUCAGCCCCUCCAGUGAGUCUCACCAACAAGUUGUGGCUGUUGGUCAGCCGCUCACAGUCCAGCAACAGGGAACCGUGGUGCUGACUGCGAAGAACCUGCAGUGCAUGCGUACACUGCUGAACCUGGCGCAAUACCACGGAGCUGUGCUGGGGAUGUCCUGGCAGCUGGUUUUGGCCACCCUGCAGCACUUAGUGUGGAUCCUCGGCCUAAAACCUGGGAGUGGUGGUGCUCUGAAACCCGGGCGGACAGUGGAGGCCUCCAGCACGGUGUUGACCACAGCUGUGAUGACUGACUUGCCAGUUAUCUCCAACAUCCUUUCCAAGCUAUUUGAGAGUUCCCAGUACUUGGAUGAUGUCUCUCUCCAUCACUUGAUCAAUGCUCUCUGCUCUUUGUCCACAGAAGCAAUGGACAUGGCAUAUGGGAACAACAAGGAACCUUCUCUGUUUGCAGUUGCCAAGCUGCUAGAGACCGGUCUGGUCAACAUGCACCGAAUUGAGAUCCUUUGGAGGCCUUUGACUGGACAUCUGUUGGAGAAGGUCUGUCAGCAUCCCAACUCCCGGAUGAGGGAGUGGGGGGCUGAGGCGGUGACUGCAUUGAUCAAAGCAGGCCUAGAGUAUAAGCAUGACCCUCCGCUGCCCCAAAACCAGAGGCUGCAGCUCCUUCUGUUCCACCCACUGCGGGAAUUGUCCAACAUUGUCCAUCCAGACAUCCGACAGAAGCAGCUGGAGUGUGUACUGCAGAUCCUGCAGAGCCAGGGUGAUGGUCUGGGCCCUGGGUGGCCCUUGGUUCUUGGUGUCAUUGGAGCCAUCUGCAAUGAUCAAGGGGAAGCCUUGAUCCGAACCGCCUUCCAGUGCUUGCAGCUGGUGGUGACUGACUUCCUACCCACCAUGCCUUGCAUGUGCCUCCAUAGUGUUGUGGAUGUGGCUGGGAGUUUCGGCCUUCAGAACCAAGAACUCAACAUCAGUCUGACCUCAAUAGGCCUCCUGUGGAACAUCUCUGACUACUUCUUCCAGAGGGCGGAGCCGAUUGAGCAGGAGCUGAACAAAGAGGAGGUUCUACUGGAGAGGCAGGCGGAAGAUAAGGACGUGGCCCUACACAGGCCCUUUCACCCCGCACCACCAUUUGAUCGUCUGUGGCUGUGCUUAUAUGCUAAGCUGGGGGAGCUGUGUGUGGACCCGCGACCCGCUGUGCGCAAGAGCGCCAGCCAGACGCUCUUCUCCACCAUCACGGCCCACGGCAUCCUUCUCCAGCCACCUACCUGGCACACAGUGGUGUGGAAGGUGCUCUUCCACCUACUGGACUGCGUUAGGAGAUCCUCCACCAUGGCAGAUAAGGAGAAGAUUGAGUCGGGGGGCGGGAACAUCCUGAUUCACCAUUCUCGGGACACAGCAGAGAAGCAGUGGGCAGAGACGUGGGUGCUAACAUUAGCCGGGGUGGCACGCAUCUUCAACACGAGGAAACACCUGCUGCAGUCACUCGGAGAUUUCUCCAAACCCUGGGGGAUGCUCCUGGACCACAUCCAGUCUGCUGCUCUCAGCAAGAAUAGUGAGGUCUCGCUUGCCGCUCUCAAAAGCUUUCAGGAGAUCCUUCAGAUUGUCACACCUCUCAAAGACACUGAGCGGCCUGAACGGCUAGAUGCCAUAGGAGUUCCUGCUUUCUAUGAUGUUGCAUCAGCUUCUGGGCCUGGCCAGGCUUCUCCAAGUUCUCAACUGGUGACAGACAGGCUGUCCUGUCAGAGUGGGGCAGAGCAGCAAUGGGCCUCACCCCCUGGGGACAAGAUGGAGGACUCAGCAUUGUGGUGGGCAGCUUGGAACUCCUGGUACCACAUGGGAAUGGAGAGAACGCGUUUGCCUGACCCCACUGAGCAGCUGGCCUUUGUGCCCAGCCAGCCCUUCCUCACUGCCCUAGUGCAGAUUUUCCCAGCUCUCUACCAACACAUCAAGGCAGGCUUCACCAUGGAACAUCUUGCGAAGCUGGAUGCUGUCUUGCACGGGGCUGUAUCAGUGCCCAUCAGCUCAGACACCUCACCCUUCAUCCUGCCCUCCUACACUGAAGCUGUGCUCACCAGUCUGCAGGAGGCAGUGCUUGCUGCCCUGGAUGUCCUGCAGAAGGCCAUCUGUGUAGGUCCUGAGAUCAUGCAGGUUAUGUAUCCAGCCAUCUUCCGGCAGCUCCUGAGGUUUGUUAAGUUCUCCUGCAGACCCCCUCAUUGUGGCAAGCUGGAGACCAAACAGGCCACAAAUGCAAAAUUCAACCAGGCGGAGUGGGUGGCAUUAAACUAUGUUCCCUUCGCGGAAAGGUCCUUGGAGGUGGUGGUGGAGCUAUACCAGAAGACUGCCUGCCAUAAGGCGGUCGUCAGCGAGAAGGUCCUGGAGGACAUCAUCAAGACCCUGCGACUACCGCUGGGUCUAAAGUACACCUGUCCAUCAGAGAGCACCUGGAGGCUGGCUGUUUCCUCCUUGCGGAAAGUUCUGUCCACUGGCCUCCCUGUGGCCCGCCAACACGCCUCAUCUGGGAAGUUUGACACCAUGUGGCCGGAACUGGCACUCACCUUCGAGGACUACCUAUUCUCAAAAAGCACACCUCCGGAUAAUUUGUCCAUAAAGAAGUUCCAAAACUAUGAAGAUAUAGAUGUGGAGGUGGUGCAGCUCAUCAGUACGGAGAUCCUACCUUUCUGCAACUUCAUCCCCAAAGACUUUGUUGGACAAAUCAUGGUGAUGCUCAAUAAGGGGUCCAUUCAUUCACAGUCUUCAUCAUUCACAGAGGUAGAGACAGAGGGGUGGAUUCGGGAGGAGUUCUCCAAGGCCUGCUUUGAGACCCUCCUACAGUUCUCCUUCAACAGCAAGACAACCACGCCACAAGAGGGAUACAUAUCCCACAUGGCCCUCUCUGUGCUGCUCAAAAGGUCCCAGGAUGUCCUGCGACACUUUGCGGAGGAAGAGCGGCUUAGUAGAUCUGGUCCGCUGUCCAGGCAACAAGUGACGGAAAUUGUCUUCAUCCUCAAGGCAAUCGGCACACUCAUGGAAUCCCUCAAGAAGGCUCAGCCUGAGAACGUGGACGACAACACGUGGGCACAAGUGAUUGCCCUCUAUCCAACUCUUGUGGAAUGUGUAACUUGCUCAUCCGCCGAGGUCAGUUCUGCCCUCAAAGAGGCACUCUGGCCUUUUAAAGACUUAAUGCACCCCCCUGUGAUGAAAGUUCAGAAUGGGGAAUCAUAACCAGUUUGGUAUGUCAUUCACAUGACUUUAUAUUUUUUUGAAUAAGGAAAGGACUUUGUAUCUAUACAGUGAAAUACUCUUGGGCUCUUUACUAAACAUGGACCCUACCUUGGACACUUUAACUUGGG